UCGCCAUUGAAUUAAUCAUUUCACUAAACAAAUUCAAUAGAGUUAGUGUGGCGUCCGAUGUGACGAAUCUCCGGCAUUUCCAUCAAUCUGAGAAUCUGGAAGGGAAUUUCAUCGCGCAAACAAAGCCGCCAUGUUUGUUGCGUUCGUUUCGCACACACUGUUGAAGACCGGGUAGAUAUAUGUCAGCGCGAAGAGUGCGGGUGGGACGUGCCGUGAUUUUCUGUUUAGCCCAUUGCAUGCCAGCCCUGUUUUGGCUUUUGUCUGAUUAUGUUAAUUCGCUGUGAAGUAUAAAAGUUGGGUGUCUUCUGUACACGCGAGUCGUUCGGUCCAGGUGAUUGUGCGCUUUGUGGCAGGGCCGUCCGUUUGUUGACAAUUUCCCGUGGAUUCCGUCAAAGUGAACGACCAAGUCUGAGCCAAGUGAUUUUGUGUUGUGAAGCAGUUGACAAAUCUCCUAUGAAUUCGUAUGUACCAAUCAGCUAGGAUUGCAUCGGUCAAUCCCGUUGCCUUUGCUGAUUUCGCGUCUAAAAGGCGUAAAACUGCAUUGAGCCCUUUCAAUUCCACAAGUUCUAUGUAAGGACACCCUUGUCCGACAGCAACAAAACCGGGAAAUAAAUGACACAAUGGAGGACAGGACGAAUACCGGAGCUGAAACAAAAGUCAUUUAUCACAUCGACGAUGAGACCACACCGUAUUUGGUUAAGAUAUCGUUGCCGGCAUCACAAGUGACACUUAGGGAUUUCAAAAUGGUCUUAAAUAAACAAAACAAUAAUUACAAGUAUUUUUUUAAGUCAAUGGAUGCGGACUUUGGCGUCGUCAAGGAGGAAAUCGCUGACGAUUCCACGAUUUUGCCAUGUUUCAAUGGACGAGUCGUCUCUUGGCUUGUCUCGGCCGACGGAUCAAAUCAAUCUGAUAAUUGUUCAGAGGUACCAACCAGCGAGAUAGACAGUCGAGUGUGCACGCAACAACGUCUCUUAACUGGCAAACAACCGGGCCAUCAUCCUUCUGGUCCAGGGACCGGUGUCGGUGGCGGUAUAACGCAACAAAUGAACUUACCGCAAACACAACUGAUGCCACCGUUAACAUAUCAGUCAGCAUCAGUAUUAUCCAGCGAUUUGGACUCAACCAGUCUGUUUGGAACGGAAAGUGAAAUAACCCUUGAUCGCGAUAUGACCGAGUGUAGUAGCAUACAGCGCUUACAAGUGCGGAAAAAGCCUCAGCGACGUAAAAAACGUGCGCCGAGUAUGAGUCGUACGUCGAGUUACAGCUCAAUUACAGACUCGACAAUGUCCUUAAAUAUCAUCACAGUCUCUAUUAAUAUGGAGGCGGUUAAUUUCCUGGGCAUAUCUAUCGUUGGCCAGUCAAAUCGUGGCGGCGAUGGCGGGAUUUAUGUUGGAAGUAUUAUGAAAGGCGGUGCUGUUGCAUUGGAUGGCCGUAUUGAGCCUGGUGAUAUGAUUUUACAGGUAAACGAUGUAAACUUCGAAAAUAUGACUAAUGAUGAAGCUGUACGUGUACUACGUGAGGUUGUACAAAAGCCUGGACCUAUAAAGUUAGUUGUAGCGAAAUGUUGGGAUCCAAAUCCUAAAGGUUAUUUUACAAUACCACGCACUGAACCUGUGCGACCAAUCGAUCCUGGUGCAUGGGUAGCACAUACACAAGCUUUAGCUUCACACGAUAGUAUCUGUCCUGAUAUAUCAGAGCCAAUUAAAGAACGUUUGGAUCGUAAUAAUUUAGAGGAAAUUGUUAAGGCCAUGAUAAAACCAGAUAGCGGUCUUGAGAUACGCGAUCGUAUGUGGUUGAAAAUAACAAUACCAAAUGCAUUUAUCGGUGCUGACGCUGUUAACUGGGUUCUAGAAAAUGUUGAGGAUGUGCCAGAUCGUCGCGAAGCGAGACGGAUAGUUUCAGCCAUGCUUCGUAAUAAUUUAAUAAAACAUACGGUUAAUAAAUUAACAUUUUCAGAACAGUGCUAUUAUGUCUUAAGUGAUGGAAAGAAACAGAAUUGUCGUUCAACAGUUAGUCUUGGCGAUACAGAAAGUAUUACAAGUGAUAUUGCGCCGCUACCUAAUCCACCUCUCUACAUGCCAUACUCAGCUCCUUAUAAUCCUAGUCAUGGAUAUCAACCUAUUCAAUACGGAUGCACCGAUAGACAUAUUUCAUCAGGUUCAAGUAGCUCGGAUGUGUUAACAAGUAAAGAUAUUUCAGCAUCGCAGAGUGACAUUACAUCAAUUAUUCAUCAGGCUAAUCAAAUGACUAUAACUAACGGUUCUAAUAAAUCAUCAGGGUCAUCGAAUCGUGGAAAUACAGAGCAAGACGUUUCUGUUUUCAGUUAUGUCCUGUGAAUUGCCGACGCUAGAAAACCCAUGAUUUAUGCACUUUUAAAAUGGUAGCCACAUGAGCCCACAUUUGGGAUUAUUCGAUUUAUACAAAGAUCUUACAACAUUUUGGCUGAUGUUAGGAAUACAAGAAAUUUUCAUUUCGUAUUUUAAUUUGUCCGUUUCAAUUUGCAUGUUUUUUUAAGGAGGGGGGGGGGGACUGGGACGAAAAUAAGGAUGUAAAAUCUUCCUUGUUCUAGCCUCCAUGUUUCCCUGGUUUUCGUUUCCAAGAAAAUCGAGUUAAUAAAUUCAUUUCUUGUUGAGUUUCUGCAAUUUAUUAUUCUUAUUAUGUUAACCAGCUUUGCCCUUACAUGAGCAAUAGAUGGGAAGCGAAAGUUUGACAUCGCGACUGCUAAAAAGGUCUAUAAAAAUCCAAAGACUCAGACUCUAACGAAAGCAAGAGCUUCUUCAAAUCCGGCAAAUAAAAAUCCUUUAAGAUGCUACCAAUAUCAAAGAAGCAACAAAAAAAAAAACAUGCAAGAGACGAAAAUACAAAAAAAAAACUAUUAUAAUUCGAAUAAAACAGGAAAUUAUAAAGACUUUUUAGCUUAACAUAGAAUCUAUUGAAAUAACACGAUUUUUACAAUGAAGAAAACAUGAGAAAUCAUUUAAAAAAAUAAAUAUAUAUAUAUAAACGAAUAACGACAGCCGUAUGAUUGGUAAGAGAAGAGAAACGACAGGGUGUUUAGGAAAACAAAAAAAAAAAAAUGAAGAUAAGAUUGCCUACUGUCAUGCUACGGAAAGUGAAAAUUGCAAUGAGGAAAUUCUAUGAAAUGUAAAACAAAGUGAAACAGACAAUUACGAAGCAUAAAAGGAUGAAAUGGAAUAAAAAAAAAAAUACAAAAUGUAAUUUAUUAUAAUUUACUUUAUUAUAUGAGUAUAUACAAUUAGUAAUAGAACAGAACAGACUAAAAAUAUAUUAUAUAAAAAAUA